AUGUCGACAGCAGCAGCGCUUGGCUCUUUCGUGGAGUCCGCACCUCCUGGUGAGCUUGCGGAUGUGACCAAGGCAAUCAAGUCGGUGCUUGAGAACCAAGACGUCGAGACCGAUCUUACACCAGCAUAUGAGAAGUACAAUGAGGAGCAGUUCACCACCACGAAGCUUCCCGGAGGCAGCACCGAGAUCCUGGUCAGCCCUUACAACUCGCUUGGCGACGGGCGAUACUACGAUGUCGAGACACAAAGCUCCUUCGACUUCGACCACGCGACACAGAAGGCGAGUGCGGUACAGAGCUACGUAGCAGAGAGCCAGCACGAGGACCUUGUUAAGAGCCUCGUCAAGGGCCUCGGAACCCACACGACCGAGCACUACCCCAAGUCCUCAUAUGGUGUCUUCCCCAUCGAAGACGACUCGAAGCUCGCCCUCGUGUCCGUCGCAAACAAGUACUCACCCACAAACUACUGGAACGGACGCUGGCGCUCGUCCUACUUCUACAGCCCCUCCUCCGGCGGCCUGACUGGCACGAUCAAAGUCGACGUACACUACUACGAGGACGGUAAUGUGCGGUUGCUCACGAACAAAGCUGUCAAUCUCAACAUCAGCGCGGGCGCAAGUGCGAGUGAGAUCGUCAGGCAGAUCGCGACAGCCGAGAAGAAGUACCAGGAGGAUCUGAACAAGGCUUUUGGUAGCCUGAGCGAGGGUGCUUUCAAGAGCUUGAGGAGACAGCUGCCGAUCACGAGGCAGAAGAUUGAGUGGGAGAAGAUCAGCGGGUACAGGCUGGGUCAGGACAUUGGCGGUGGUGCCAGGCGAUGA